AUGGCGGUGCCCCGGGGGGAUAAUUUGUUGAAUGUGCAUGGCGUGCGGCAGUUGGGCAAACCUCUAGCUGGACUCCGAAUCCUGGAUGUCGGCUGUGGUGGAGGUGUGCUGAGUGAGCCUCUAGGGAGGUUAGGAGCAGAUGUCCUGGGAAUCGACCCAGUGGAGGACAGUGUGCGGACCGCAGAGCUACACUCCUCCUAUGAUCCUGAUUUACGAGAGGGAGUUCGCUAUCAGGCCUGCACCCUGGAGGAGUUCGCUGAGGAGGAAAUAGAGGGAUUUCAUGCUGUAGUGGCAUCUGAGGUGGUGGAACAUCUGGCUGACCUGGAUGCCUUUCCUGGUGGCUCUCUUUUCAUCACCACUCUUAACAAAACCAACGUGUCCUACGUUUUUGGGAUUGUGGCAGCGGAGCAGCUGUUGAGGAUUGUUCCGAGUGGAACUCAUGACUGGGAGAAGUUCAUCAGCCCAGAGGAUUUGGAACGACUUCUGGAGUCUUUUGGUUUCUACGUGGAGGCUAUCAGAGGCAUGAUAUACAAUCCUCUCACAGGAGCGUGGAGCUGGCAGAAGAGCAUGGCCAUCAACUAUGCACUGCAUGCAAUCAUACGCAAAGAAGAACCCCAGCCUGACGUGGUCUGGGCUGAAAGUGAGAAUCUGGAUGAACCAGGUCGAGACACAAGUUACAGCUGAGCUAUUAUAAUGUGGAAAUGCUAUCAAAACAGACUUCACUUGCUCGAAAUUGGAGAAAUAGCCCAAACUCAAGGUGUCAAAAUAUGCUGCAUAGAGAAGAAUUGCUGAAUCAGUAAUAAUAAUUCUUUGCAUUGUGUUACAUUGUGAUGAGAAUUUGAGACUGAAGCACUUUUGAUCCACUCAACAUGCCAUAGUCCAUUUCAACAUUUCACAUGUCAUUUCAAAGAUUCUUUGGUAUAUUUUUAACAACCAUUUAGUUGUGUGUAUUGUGGUGGUCAUCUUUGAUUGGUUCUUGUCAGAGGCCAAACAGACAAAGAGAAUUAUAUAAUGAUUUGUGACUUAGCACUUUAAAACUGUAGGUACUUAAUAAAAUGAAAUCAGUUAUCAUUGAGAGGGAGUUUUGU